ACAUAUUCUGAAAAUAAUCAAACUACUCAUAAACAACUUUUCUUUGAUGCGUGUUCAUACGUGAUUAUGCUAUUUUCCUAUCAUUAUGGAUUUUACUGUCAGAACAGGAACACAUUUUGCUUAAAUAAUUAGCAUAAUAUUACUGCGUAUCUUUCCUUUUUCUAGAUGACGGAGCAGCAGUAAAGGGGUUUCAAGAGUUCUGUCUGGAGCGGGGUGGUUUGACCGCUCGCACUGAACAUCGUCAUGAACCGAGAAGCAGCUGAAGUGCCUGAUGACCCGUUUGCUGCCCUCUCUGAGGAAAAACAAAAAUCACAUGGCUAUCCAGUCUUGGUCCCCUGCUGCAUCCAAGACUGGGCCAGCCAAAUCAUUGAUUAUCAGCUAAACGGUGACCCACGGCUUGUGAACUACCGCACCACAUAUGCAGACCACUACCAGCGUCCCACUUCAUUUGAUGAUAUCAGCGGCACAAUUACACCAGUCAAGGAUAGCAAGAACCAAAAAGAGGAGAAACUCCCUGGCUCCUCUGCCAAAUCUGUGCUCAUCAAGUACACUGCACCCCAAGAUGGUACAAAGAUACAACGGUAUAGACUCAACCAUCCUCUCAGGUCGGCAUACAAUGACACUUACCAGUUCCGCUGGUGUGCUCCCCCAAAGCCUGUGACGCAGAGUUCUACAUUUACAAUGGGAGACCCAGAGACAAUUAAGGAGCGUGAAACCACCUACAGUGCUCAUUACAAGCAGAAAGGCAGAGUGAGCUCAGAAGUAAUAAACCAGACUCAUGAACAUCAGCUGAUUAAUCUUGGGGACUACCCAGAGAAGUGGAAAACCACAACCUCUGAUGUCCAUCCUGCAAUUAAAUCAGAUCCUGUCCUCCUGGUGAAGAAAGACAGAAACUUCAGCUCUGUUCCCAGGGGAGACAUGGAUCCUGAGCGAAACCGUGCAAGGAUGACAGCCACUUCAUACAAGUUCUUCUUUUCAAAGAAUAUCCCCAGGGGGCCCCUGGACCGCGUCGAUGGGCCUGCCUCCAGGACAAAGAGCAAUGUGGUGCUGGGGCAGGCCGGCAAGGAGGGCCUGUCAUACACGUCGAGUUCAAGUGUGGACUAUCCUCACAGGACAGCACCCCGUGUUCUGCCCAUCACUCCCUCCCCUGGCUAUGAGAUGCCCAAUGAAGAAACUGGACCAAAACUGACUACCAUGCAGACAGACUACCCACCAGUGAAGGGCACAAGGCACUCACUUCGCCCAGAACAACUUGAGCUGCUUAAAGGUAGCCACAUUCCUGCUCAUUUCAAGAGGGGGUAUUUCACAACAGCCUAUAAAGAGGAUUAUACACAAAAGCGUCCCAUCAGGAACGUGCUGGCCCAUGUGCCUGUGCAAACUGUCAGUCAUAUGCCCUUUUAAAGAGGAGAGAAGCCACCAUUGCUUUGUGCGAGUAUCAUCACUGCACCACAAUCCUUGGACUCAUUUGGAUCACGGCUUCUCCGUACAGCCAGUUUGGAUCAUGUACCUUUGCAACAUAUCAACCAUGUGUCCUUUGUGUAUUGUUUUAUAAAAACAAGAGUUAUAAUCGAAUAAGCCUGUUUUCUCAGGUAGAAACUAUUGUUAAAAUGUGCACUACGAUUUUUGUGUUUAAUGUUUUUAUUUUAAGUGGCCAGUAUUCCAAUAAUUUGUCUCUAUCAUGAACAUAAUGCAUUGAUUUUUUUAGAUUUAGUUUUUUCUUUUUUCCUUUGCUUGCCACACUAUUUAGCUGGCACAUUAGUGCAAAUAAGAGUGCCUGCUAAAUUGUGUGAUGAAAAUUAUAAUUUAUAACCAACUAUAAAAUGAGCACAUAUUGGAU